CUACACUUUCCACUGAGCCCUUGCCUUGCGGCCACGUUUGCGCCACCUACAGCCCGGGAGGGUGGGCGUCAUGGCGGCUUCUGGGCCGCUCCCGGUGACCCAGGACCUGUCCACGUUGCGUGCCAAGUUGCAGGGGCUGCUGCGGUUCCUGACGGAAGCCCUAUCCAUUUCCAGUGCACAUACGGUGGACUUCUACACGGAGUCCGUGUGGGAGCAAGUGGUCGACUUGCCCCCGGAGACGGUGCUGGCGGCGCUGAGAUCGGCGGCGGAGACGGAGGCGGAGGCCCAGCCCGCGGAGGCGCGCCUCCAGGUGGAAGCCGAGAGCGGAUCAGAUAUUACUGAUUUUCCAAAAAUAUUUUGUGAAACUUCCCAGAAGCUGGUGAGUGUGGAAGCCUUCGCUCUGACUGCUAAAUAUUAUUCUGUACAAAACUUGGGGAUAUGUACUCCUUUUGAACAGUUGCUUGUAGCCCUUCGUGGAAAUCAAAAACAGAGAACUGAUGAAAAUGUGAAGCCAGAUGAGUUUAUGAAUUUGAAAAAAUCUCAUGAAGUUCAGGCAAUGUCAGAGCUCAUCAGCAGUAUUGCUGAUUACUGUGGAAUAAAGCAGAUAAUUGACCUGGGUUCUGGAAAAGGCUACCUAAGCUCCUUUUUGUCCUUAAAGUAUGGCUUAAAAGUUUAUGGAAUUGAUUCCUCAAAUACCAAUACUCAUGGAGCUGAGGAGAGAAACAGGAAACUGAAGAAACAUUGGAAAGUCUAUCGUAGGCGGUCAAAAUUAGAUGUCAAUGGACUGGCAUUACAAAUGGCAAAAGAAAGGAAAGUGCAAGAUGAAAUUAAAUUUAAAGCUGAUAUUGAGGGAGUAUGUAACAGCAGUACUGCAAAUCAAGAAAAGAUGUCAACCUCGGACUUUCUGCCAGAUUUUUCAGCCUCUGUAAUUUCUAACAUCAGAAAACAAAUGGAAAACCUACAUGUUUAUUCACAUCGAGAAGAAAAUUUGUGUUUUGAAAAUGCCUUUUCUCUUAGGGACCUUUUGCCUAUUAAUGCCAUAGAACCUACUUCUUCAUCCCAUAUACCCAAGAGAAAAAUGUCUGAAACAAAUAAAGAGAGAAGAAAAAUGACGUCAAAGUCAAAUGAAUCCAAUAUAUAUUCACCUUUAACAUCUUUUAUCACUGCUGAUUCAGAACUACAUGAUAUUAUUAAAGAUCUGGAGGAUUGUUUGAUGGUAGGUCUGCAUACUUGUGGUGAUCUUGCUCCAAAUACUCUGCGAAUAUUUACUUCCAAGUCUGAAAUCAAGGGAGUUUGCAGUGUGGGUUGUUGCUACCACCUCUUAUCUGAAGAGUUUGAAAACCCACAUAAAGAAUGUACCCAAGAAAAGUGGGGAUUUCCAAUGUGCCACUAUUUAAAGGAAGAGAGAUGGUGCUGUGGCCGGAAUGCCAGAAUGUCAGCAUGUUUGGCACUGGAGCGUGUUGCAGUCGGCCAAGGGCUGCCUACUGAAUCACUCUUCUAUCGUGCCGUACUUCAGGAUAUUAUUCAAGAUUGUUAUGGCAUCACCAAAUGUGAUCGGCAUGUUGGUAAAAUUUAUUCCAAAUCCUCUUCCUUUCUGGAUUACGUCAGAAAGUCUCUAAAGAAGCUUGGAUUAGAUGAGUCCAAGCUGCCAGAAAAAAUUAUAAUGGACUACUACGAGAAGUAUAAGCCUAGAAUGAAUGAGCUGGAGGCUUUUAAUAUGUUGAAAGUUGUUCUGGCUCCUUGCAUAGAGACAUUGAUUCUUCUGGAUCGACUUUGCUACCUGAAAGAGCAGGAUGAUAUUGCAUGGUCUGCACUUGUGAAGUUGUUUGAUCCUGUGAAAUCUCCCAGAUGUUAUGCCAUUAUUGCGCUGAAGAAGCAGCAGUGAUUUCAAUUGAAGCAAGGAUGAAGAAAGAGAGACCGGAGGAAAAGCACUGGGAGAAAACACCGAAGACAGAAGCCAGACUUCUUGUUCCUGUUCUAUGUCUCACCAGCGCUCAGAGUUUGCUGAUCCGAUUCCAUGACUUCUUAGGGCCAUAUUUCUCCUCAUCUAUCAAAUGGGAAGAAUAACAUACAUCCUAUUUGCUUUGUAAGAUCCUUGUGGUGUCAAAUGGGACAAUGGGUGGGGAAGAACUUUCAAAACCACAAAGUACUGUCCACAUUCAGGGAAUCAUUAUGACUACGUCAUUUCCAACCCGUGAAGGCAGCUGCUGCAGGUAAAACUGCAAAUUCUGCCUUUGCCAAGUGUCGCAUGACAAGGGCCACAGUGCUGCUGUCCAACAUGCACUGCAGAAGAGAGAUUGUGUCCUGAAAAUCAUUUAAACAGAAGGAAAGGUAACAUAAUUAAAACAAAGCAAACCCCUCAGAAAUAGUGUUGUAGGGUUGAGACAGGGCCCAGCAGAGAAACCUUUGGGAUACUUGCAUUGCUCUUGAGAACUAUUACAAAGCUUGAAAAUGAGAGCCAGGUGGAGGAAAAGGGAGUAAGGCCACAAAAGAUGAGCAGAGAAUGAAAAGAAACACAAGCUCACAAGUUUUGGGAAAGUGAGCAUAACAAUACAGAAAAGUGUUUUUAAAUCCACUCAAAAAUGACCAGAGAGUCUAAGAUAUGACUGGAUGUUUGCAGAACACAACAGCUGCUGCAUUCCACAGUCUACAAGGGAAAUAAUGGAAACUUGCUAUUCUCUUUUCCAACAAGACAUAACAGAGGCAGCGCUGAUGUAAUUAAUGAAAAAAAGAUGGCUAUUUGAAACAGUGAAGGCGCUGAACAACAGAAUGGAAUGGAAAUGGGGCCCACAUUUAGGGACAAUUCAUUAUUUAUCUGCUGUUCUUUUUUAUGCUCACCGCGUCCUGCUGAUAUUCCUCUCUCCCAGGGAGACUACCAAACCAGGUUGGUUAGCGAUACAAGCAUGAGCAGUUAGACGCUAUGAUAUAAACUGCGGGUAGAUGGAGUUAUUCCUUGAAUAUCAAUUAGCAGAGUCCAUCCAGCUUGAAGACUCUUACAAUUGUAUACUUCAAUUUAAUGGAUCUGUUUUCAAAUUCCCUUUAAUGGCCCUUCUGUGUCCAUAAUAUCUACUUUUCCAGACAUCCUUAGUAGAAACCAUUAUGGACAAUGUAUGUAAAAUCCCCUAAGGAGAGCAUAUGGAGGAGAGACUGUGGAUUGCCAAAUUUAGCAGCUCUGGAGAGAGUGUUUUUGAAUUAAACUUGAGU